AUGAGCCAGUCAUCACAGAGAGACAUGAGAGACUGCCCAGACCAAGAUGUAGUCGAUAUUGUUUCUCUGCUUGAAGAGCCACGGAAUCUAACAGAUGUGGAACGAUACAAAGUGAAUGAUCUUGCUUUUAGCUGGGACUUGCCAACAUUAACUACAGAAAACCGGAAGUGGCUUGCAGAAACCAUUCUUCAACAUGCGGUUAUUGGUCGUAGAGAGAAGCAGAUGAAACAAAUCAAACGGGGUCUGAAGGAUACUGGGGUCCUGCUCAUGAUAAAGGAACGCCCUUCUCUCAUCUCAGUGCUGUUCCCAAGAGCUGUUGACAAAAUCAUCCUUCCUGAAAUGGUUUUAGAAAGAGUUAUAUGGCCAAUGACGCAGAAUGAGGACGAGGAGGAUGAAGAUGAGGAUGAUCAAGAGGUUCCUCUGGAGUUGAAAUGCCAGAUGGCAUCGUACCUCAGGAUGUACAUUGAAAAUGCUACAGCAUUGGAUAUUGAGCAGCUUGUUACAUUUUGGGUGGGUUGGGCAAUCCUCCCACAACAUCUCUAUGUGGAGGUGUCUAACUCCAUCAAAAUGCCCACUGCAUUCACAUGCACAGAGAAAAUAAAACUGCCUUCUCACUACACUAACUAUAUGGACUUUCAGGCGGACUUAAAAGCAGCAGUGUCCACAAGUGAAAGUGGAUUUGGAUUAAUUUAAUCAUUUGGAGAGUUCCUGGGAUUUUUAAAUGAAGAGGCCAGUAUGCUCCCUGCCAUCAGGCUUUUAACUGGACCGUUUAUUGAGAGAAAAAAUGAAAAUGAAUGAAUUAAAAUGAAACUAAAUACUACAUGAUUUUAUAAUUUCAUGUCCAUUUAUUUAUUUGUUGCAAGUUACAUAAUUUGUAACUUAAAGAUGAAAUGUUAUGUUAAAAAGGUAAAUGUACUAGUACUUUAAUAUUUUUAAUAUGUGUAUUUGUAAGUUUAAUCAAAUGUAAUUACCAGCCAGUGCAUCAGAAAA